AAGUGAGGUUAGGGCCUCCGUUCACAAUCAGCACCGAAGAUCGGAGACGACGCACGUGCAAACAUGACUUCAGUUGGUUGCUAACUAACUACCACAAAUCGCCACAAAACCCCACCGGCGCAAAUUAGCACCGCCACCGCAAACCCUCUCCAAAUCCAGCACGAUUCUAUUUCCCUGUACCAAGAUCGAUCAAUUCUCGAUGCUAUUGAGUAACGAUAACAACAGCGACUUUCGUUUGCGCUUGUAGGCGACGAUGGAGAAGAUGCGUCACGCGGAGGAGCUGGUGAGGGAGUUUCUGGUGUUCCGCGGCUUCACCAACACCCUCGAAUCAUACGAGACCGAAUUGCGCACUGACAUCGGCAAGGGUUUCGAGGUCGACAAGAUCCUCGACCUAAUCUUCUCCGUCUACGUUCCAAAGUUCCACGCCGAUAAGCUUGUGGCGCUUCUCGGGUUCUUCAAGCACUACCUCUCUUCCUCCUCCGACACGCCGCUCGUCUCCACGCUCUUGAAGUUGGAGGCUUCUAUUCUACGCUUUUAUGUCGUCCACGCCGUGCAGUGCAACCGCAACGACAAGGUGGUUGAGUUCUUCGCAGUAUACGGCACCGAAUUGCUGCAGAGGUCGCAAGAUUGGACCCAAUGGUUCGCAAUUCCUUAUAAGAAGAACCCGCACUUGGAUCCCGAGUUUCGGGUUUUUUUCUCCAAGGAGUGGUAUCAGGCAUUGCAUCUUUCUUCUAGAAACUUCUUCAGCGAGGUUUUCAAUGCUACUCGUCUACCUGCACUACUGAAGGUUAGUUCGGAGAUGAAUGCUACUAAUAUACUCAAAAGGGAUAUCGUACAGUUAAAUCUGAAGUUAUCCCAACUUCAGGGUUUGCUUGAUGAGAAAGAGGCACAGUUACGUCAAUUUAGAAGUAUGGAUGGGAGUACUGGUUCAUCAAGCAAUUUACGUGAAGAAACUGCUCGUACGGUGAAAAGUUCUCCGGAUGUUUUUCCAACUACCACUUCACAAGUAGUUCAAAUCGAGGUUAUCCAAGAUUUAGCGGUGGGUGAACUCGGAAAUGUUCAUUCCGAGUUGAUUGGCUCCACAUCUUGUGAUGAUUCAGCAUUUCUAUCGGAAGACUGUUUGAGGAAUGGCGGAGCUGACGAUGCCAGUCUAAAAGAAAACGAUGGGGAUGAGGAUUUUGCUGAGGUCAACUUAGAGCACCAGGAGACAUUUUUGGGGCACACUAGUCCAAUCAGUCGAUGCCGCUUCUCUGCAUCUGGAAACAAUAUUGCCAGUGCUUCUCUGGAUGGAACUGUCAGGAUAUGGACUUAUGAUACAUCAACACCAGUGUCUAGAAACGCAACCAUAUAUUGUGGCACUGAAAUUUUGUCCCUUGACUGGGAAUGUAAAUCCGACCGCUUGCUUCUUAUUGGUACAUCCGAUGGGUGCAUUAAAGCAUGGAAUGUGGAUGCAAAGAGAGUUGUCUGUGAUCUCAGCACAACUGAAUCAUUUCCAAGUGUAUUGGACAUAAAGUGCAGUCCUGUGGAACCUAUUUUUGUGUCUGCAGCAGCAUCUGGAGGUGCUGGUUCCAAAUAUGUUGACAACCUGGGUUUCGCUUCUCUGACUGUGUGGAACAUGAAGACAUGGAAAGCCAUGACAGUCCUUCCUCUUGGAGAAGAUCCCCCAGCAAUAACUUCUCUAUGCUUUAAUCACAAUGGAAAGAUUUUGGCAGCUGCUGCAGUUGAUGGAAUGAUUCACAUGUUUGACAUGUCUGCUGGUCUACAAAUCACUGGCUGGCCAGCACAUGAUUCUUCCAUCAGUUCUAUUUUGUUUGGACCAGACGAGACUAGCAUUUUUAGCCUUGGCUCUGAUGGGAAGAUUUUUGAGUGGAGCUUGCAAAAUCAAGGUCAAAUCCUGUGGUCGAGAGACUGUAGUAGGCCUCUCCUGAAGCCUUUUUCUUCAUCUAUUCCUUUGUUAAUCUCAACAGGCCAGAACAUCAUCGUAAGUUUAGAUGGUGGAAGGCAGAGGUUCUGUUACCCCCUCAACGAUUCAAAAUAUUUCAGACACGAGAUGGCAUUAGACGCAAAUGGGAGGAGACUCUUGGUAACAUCAAGUUCAGUCAGAGCACCCAUAUAUCAGGUUCAUGGUCAGCUAAGUGGUUGGAGAACACUUCCGCACGGUGCUCCUAUUACUGCCGUAGAUUGGCAUCCGACCCUGCCCAUUUUCUUGACUGGAUCAGCUGAUAACUCCGUCCGAGUAACAUCUUUGUCAUAGCACCAGGUUGUAACAUGUGAGUCUUUUUAUUAUUCUUUUUUGAGACUUCAUUGGAUUUUUAUGUUGUAAUAUAUUGGUGUUCUCUCUCUCUCUAGAUUGACCAUAGAUGUAUAGAGGUUACCAGCCGAUCUUAUAUUAUAAGCAGCAUGUUUUGCUAUUUACACACACAAAUACCAUUUUUUAUGAAUAUUCCAAAGGCUCAAUUUUUUUAUAAGAACCAACUUGGACUUGAUGUACUUGGUUUGUUUUGAGUUGAUGAUCACGUGUAAGAGAUAUGGAGACCUUCUAAACUAGAACACUCAGCCUUGUAUUUUGUUUUCCUGUGAAUUUCAGGUCUCUUAUUUGUAUUUGGUUAUCUCAUGUCCAUUGUAAUUAAUGCAUAAUUGGGGGUGUUACCUUGA